AUGACUCUAGUCUCUGCGAUGUCCGGGGUGAUAUCCGAGCUAACAAAUCUUCGCCCGUCCGAAACCGCGCCGCCCUCCCUCUAUUGCAGAGCCUGCCUCCCCCUCCCGCCCUCCCCAUCCCAACGUUCGCUGAAGAGACAAUUCGCUCCUUUCGCCCCGCCUGACGCCCGCCUUGCAAUUAUCGGCGCCGCUCUCGACGCAUCUGGCACCAUGAGCCGCCGGAGCCCGGCCGAUGGUACAACAGGGUCCCGGGAUGUGUCCGUGAGCCGGUCCAUCCUGGUCCUCUUCGGCUCCGAAACCGGAAACAGCCAGGAAUUCGCCGAGGAUCUCGACCGGUGCGCCCAACGCUUACAUUUCCAGUCCAGAGUCUGUGAGAUGGACAGCGUGCAACUUAGCACGCUGCUUCAGUACUCGCUUGUUGUGUUUAAGCUCUUGCGCCGGAAGCUUGCCCCGGGAAGCCUUGCGAGCCUCCAAUUUACCACCUUUGGGCUCGGUGACAGCUCCUACCCCAAAUUCAACUGGGCGGCCCGCAAGCUUGUUCGACGCCUUGACCAGCUCGGCGCCCUGGAAGUCUUCCCAAGCGGAGAGGCCGACGAGCGCCAUCCUGACGGGACCGACGGCCUUUACCUGCGGUGGGCACCGAUCCCGGAAGACGUCCCGCUGCCCUCCCGCUUCCCACUACAGUUCUGCGCGGUAGAGUCGCCCACCACCACCGCGGUCUCGGAACCCGCCAACUACCCGCGUAGCCUACCAGUGCUGGGGAGCAGAGUGGCCUCCGUCGCCUCGAAUGGGCGAAUCACGGCGCCCGACCACUUCCAGGACGUCCGCCUCCUGACGCUCGACCUACCCACGGAGCAAGACGGCUCGAGCCUGGAGCUCAACCCCGGAGACACCAUCACCGUGUUCCCGAGCAACCACCUCGAAGAGGCGCAAGCCUUGAUCCAGUUCAUGGGCUGGGAGCAGGUGGCCGAUGCCCCGAUCGACUGGCCCGCCUGUACCAGGCCCCCGGCGCUCCACGUCGACGACACCUUUACCCUGCGGGACCUCCUCGUCCACAACCUCGACAUCACCGCCGUGCCCCGCCGCAGCUUCCUCCACAAGAUUGCCUACUUUGCCUCCGAUCCCGAUCAAAGGAGCGCCUCCUCGAGUUCACCGGCCCCCAGUGCCCCCGAACGCGCCCUCGACACCUUCCCCAUGAUCCGCGGCCGCGAGUUCAGCAUCGCCAACGGCGGGGACGCUCUCCGCCACCCCACAGACCCUACGCUCCAGAGAGUCGAGCUCGUCGUCGCCCUUGUGCGGUACAAGACCAUCCUGCGCAAGGAGCGCCGAGGCCUCUGCUCCCGCUACCUCGACGGCCUCGCUCCUGGCGCUUCUAUACCCGUACUUCACAAAGACUGGUCUGCCCUCUCUCACUUCCUCACCGUCCACUUUGCCGAGUCCCGACCCUCGCCGCCAUCGGCCGACCAGAAUCAGCCCACCAAUGCCCCUCCGGGCCCAUCGCAGCGCCGCUACGUACAAGAUGUCAUUGGUAGUGAGCCCGCCAUCAUCGCCGACAUGAUUCACCGCGGCGCCAUCUUCCUCGUCUGCGGCGGUUCGCACAAGAUGGCCGAGGCCGUGAAAACUGCCGUCCUCGCCGCUAUAGAGUCUGUGAUGGGCGUGCACGAACCCUCGGAGCGGGACAAGGUGUUUGAGGGCAUCAACUGGGUCCAGGAAAUCUGGUAA